AUGGAAGGACACAUAGUGGAAGGAAUAGUAAUAGACAGCAGCAGCAACAACAACAACGACAACAUAAGGGGCAAAGACAAAGGAAUAUUCGUUAUCAACCCCAGUCAACAAGAACCUCAAAUAGAAGAAUGUGAACAUAUUAUUAACAUGAAGUAUGGCGUUCUGCAACAGCGCGUGUUAAGUAUCAGAUUUACUGCGGUGUUUUUAUCCACAGAAAACUGUUCUAUUACCAUUAAAGAGAGUGCAAAACCGACGGUAAAAAUUAUCAUGCAGUUCCACAAAACGGAAAGUAUAGAUGGGUGUGAUUUUACCAAACCGAAAAAGAGGGGAGAUUACCUAGAUGGGUUUGCGUUAGCAGAUAUCGGAUCAAGCAGGGAGAAAAUUUGUUCAGUACAUAUUGGACGGGAGAGGAAGGGGAAAAUUGCUGCAGGUAUUAAGUGCCCUUAUAAAUUAACACCUACCUAUUGCUUUAGACACGUGUUACAUGAAAAAAGCAUCAACGGGGUGAAAGAUUAUCACCCGUUCUUGUUGACCGAUGCGUUGGGAACGCGUGAUGUGGAGUUCUACAGCAAUGCAAAACAAGGAUCCUAUAUCAUUGGACUACCAACCAGUCCGCAGGAAUAUUCUGUGGUGAGAUGUAUUUGUGAGUAUAAUGGAAAGACGGGAAUUAUGGAACUGAAGAUUGACACUUCUUCCAUGUGGACGACCCUCAGCGUCACGUUAAUGCUUUUUCUCAUCUCUCUUUUGUACGCGUGCUAG